AAGUUGAAGUCAGUGUGGAAAAGUUCCCGCAAAUAGGUGUAAAUAGAGUGGAAACAUUAAAAUAUAAAAAUUAAAAAAAAUAUAUAAUUAAAAAAAAAUGGAUGCUACUACUGAACUCAAUGAUUCCAAAGAUGUAGACGUUGAGGAUGGAGAAUUGCAAGAUGACUCCGCGUGUUUACACAAUGAUACGGCUAAGAGUGAAAAAAUAUCCAUUGGACCACUUCCACAAGACAAUAGUUGUGUAUUCGAGAUCAAGUUUCGCAGGAGCGAGGAUUAUGCCAAAAUGCAGGAACGCUUAGUGGAGGUAAUAAGUGCAGUGUUUGCGGAUCAGGGAUUCGUUUUCAGAGCUAAUGCAAAAGAAUUGUGUAUUGAAGCGUUAGCCAUCGCAGAUAAUAACCAGUCUUUAAUCGAAGAUCAGGAGGAUGAUUCUGGGAAUCAAGAGCCAGAUAUGUUUUUAAUUGACACAGCUCCAACAACCAAAAUAUGUGCAGCGCAGGUUCCGUCAUACAAACGCUGUCAGGUGGAUGUAUUAGACGAAGAGACACCCAUACGAAAAAGGCUUAAAGCCGAAGCUGUUAAUAAAUGCUUUCGACCUAAAUCACAAGCGGCUUGCUUCAACUGCGGCGAGGCGGAUCAUUCAUUACGUGAGUGUCCACGACCACGAAAUAAUUCAAGAAUACAACGGGCUCGCAAGAAGAUCAACAAUCGUGCCGAACGUUAUCACGUGGAUGCAGAACAACGUUUUGGCCAUAUUCGAGCCGGUCGAAUAAGUACCAAGACACGUCAUGCCAUGGGCUACAGCCGUGGCGAAUUGCCUUUUAUUUUCUAUCGCCUUCGUGUUCUGGGCUAUCCACCAGCUUGGCUUGAAGAAGCCAAGAUACAGGGUUCUGGAAUUUCACUCUUUAAUGCCGAUGGCAGCGCCGUAUUAAAGUCAGACGACGAAGAUGGAGAGGCGGACACAUUUAAGUAUGAUAUCAACAAGAUCAUCGAAUUCCCUGGCUUCAAUGUUCAGCCAGGGGUCAAGUUUUUUGAUGACUUUCAACAUCAUAAUGUGCCACGUUUCAACGAAUCCCAGCUUAAGGAAAACUUUAUUAAAUCAUUGGGUGAUAAUGUCAUCAAAGGAUAUAAACGUAAAAAAUUAUUAGAUUUGCCUCCCCUUCGGGACGGGAGUCCAAACGGCUGCGCGGAUUCCUCUGAAGACAAAACUAACUGCAUUCAGCAUGAUAUGGAUAUAAUAGAUGACUCUAAUGACACUCCAAUGAUGAGUGAAGAGCUAGUUGAAACUCCACCGCCAAAGGACAUAGAACAAGUUACGAGAUCUCCCACCAUGGAAGAUUUAAAGGCUCAGCAAGAGCUAUUAUUGGAACAAUUAGAAUCGAAUACAUCUUUAAACAAUGAUGAGUCAAACGAAACUAAAAUGGAAUCGCCUAAGCCCUCAUUGCCAUCAUCUAAAACGCCACAAGGUACACCCAAUUCUAAGAAAGCUUCUUACGCUGGCACACCAAUCAUCAAGUUCUCCAUCUAUGACAAGUUGCCGAUGGGCGACAAAUUUAAGGUUGGCGUUAGCGAUGUAAUUAACUUUGAAAAUUUACCAGAUUCCACUGGCAAAUAUGAGCAAAUGAAGGAUUUGCUAAAGAAUGUAAGAGAAAAAAUGACCAAGCUACAAAACGACGACGACUGAUAAAGGAUAAAACGGGUUUUUAGUUUGUUAAACAUUUAUUUGCCAAUAUAAGAGAUUGCACAUAAACUCACCAAUGCAAUGGCUGGCUUACUGCUUGAGCCCAAGCACAAUACUAUCGAAGUUAAAUGUGCAUUGAAACUAAAAUUAAUAUUAUGUGAGAGUAGUUGUAGUGAAAAAUAAACGAACAAAAAACGAAAUUUCAUGCUUAUUGCAUGAAAAGUGGAUUCGAAAAAACGCAAAAAGGCAUUGAUAAAAUGUAGUAUUUUCUAAUAACGUUUACAAAAUUUGUAGAGCAAAUUCCUCGUCUUUUGUUAAUUAAAGUAUAUAUACUCUUAUCUUCUUAUUUGUAUUUGCAAAGAUUUUUGCUAAGAAGGGGAGCUGAUAUGUCAAGCUUCCUUAUUGAUGAGGCCUGAAUUAACAAACUUGUACCGUCUACAUCGCCCUAUGGAAAUAAUUUGAUUCCAUACGGCAGUUGAUUUUAAUAAAGUGUAAAUUUUACAAGCAAA